AUGACUUUUGCAGAUAUCCUGGACAACUUGGGAGGCAUGGGCCGCUUCCAAAGGAUGUCCGUCGCCUUCCUGGCCAUCCCUCUGAUGUUGCUGGCCAACCACAACCUCCUGCAGAAUUUCACGGCAGGGAUCCCCGAGCACCACUGCCAGGCCCGCAUCACGGCCAACCACACCCGCCAUGCCAGCAACCUCACCCAGCAGCUGGGAGCCGAGAGCCUCCUCAGGAUUUCCAUCCCAAUGGAUGGGAACAAGAAGGCAGAGAAGUGCCGCCGCUUCGUCACCACCCAGUGGCGGCUCCUGGAUCCAAACGCUACCCUCCCCAGCAACGCCGCGGUGGACACUGAGCCAUGUGUUGAUGGGUGGACCUAUGACAGGAGCAUGUUCACCAACACCAUCAUCAGCGAGUGGGAUUUGGUGUGCGAUUCCCGGACCCUGAGGCAGAUGGCCCAGUCCAUCUACAUGGCCGGAGUGCUGAUCGGAUCGGUGCUGUUUGGCAGCCUCUCGGACAGGUUUGGCCGGAAAGCCCUCAUCGUCUGGAGCUACCUGCUGAUGGGGGUGGCGGGCACCUCCACUGCCUUCGCGCCAAACUACGCGGCUUACUGCGUUUUCCGCUUCCUGUGUGGAAUGGCCAUGUCGGGGAUAGCGAUUAACUCCGUCUCGCUGUGCAUGGAGUGGAUUCCGACCAAGUACCGUGCCAUUGUUGGCACCAUCAACGGUUACUGCUACACCAAUGGGCAGUUCAUCCUGGCCGGAGUGGCGUACGCCAUCCCUGGUUGGCGCUGGCUGCAGCUGACAGUCUCCCUGCCUUUCUUUGUAUUCUUCCUCUACUCCUGGCUGUUUGUGGAGUCGGCACGAUGGCUGGCAAUUUCAGGAAAACACGAGCGGGCAGUGAAAGGCCUCAAGAGAGCCGCCCAAAUAAAUGGGAAGAAGAACGAAGGAGACAAACUUAGUGUGGAGGUUUUGAAAUCCAGCAUGCAAAAGGAGCUCUCCUCUGCCACCAAAGCCAGCCACGGCAUGGCCGACCUGGUGUGGACACCUGCCAUUCGCAGAAUCUCCUGCGGGGUCUCCUUUGUCUGGUUCUCCACCGCCUUUGCCUAUUAUGGGCUGGCCAUGGACCUGCAGAACUUUGGCUUCAACAUCUACCUAACCCAGCUGGUCUUCGGUGCUGUUGACUACCCAGCCAAGCUGAUCUCAGUGCUGACCAUCACGUUUGUGGGCCGCCGAUUCUCCCAGGCUUCUUCACUUAUCCUGGCAGGGCUUUGCAUCCUGGCCAACAUCUUUGUGCCUUCGGAUCUGAGCAAUCUGCGGAUGGUUUUUGCUGUGAUCGGCAAAGGCUCCCUUGCGGCCUCCUUCAACUGUGCCUACAUCUUCUCUGGAGAGCUUUUCCCAACUGUGAUCAGGCAAUCGGGGAUGGGCCUAGGGGGUACCAUGGCCCGUGUGGGCAGCAUGAUAGCCCCUCUGGUAAAGAUGACUGGGGAAAUAUUUGCACCGAUGCCGCUGAUAAUCUAUGGAACAGCCCCCAUCAUCUCUGGCAUUGCUGCCUGUUUCCUACCAGAGACCCGGAAUGUCCCACUGCCAGAGACAAUUGAGGAAGUGGAGAUACGGUCAAGACCCCUCCGAGAGGAUGAACAACAAAUGAAGGUUCUUCUUGCCUCCACCAAGUCUGAUCCCAUCAAAGAUGGCAGCUAAGAAGACAAAAGACACAGGGGCUUUUUCACUCCAAUCUCACCUGCCCACCCCAGUCUUCAGUCUCUAGGCCCCUCCCCAGGUCCUCUAAAAGUUAAAUCUCAGUGGGGAAGGAACUGAUGGAAGCAGUGGGAUAUGCAUACACCUACGGUACAGGCAUAUAAAUUUAAUGUGCUCGCGUGGAUGCAAAAUUUCACUGCACUCUCUCCAGUCAUAAAUUUGGUUCUCCACAUUUCUGCACCAGGGUUCAAUUUAUUUAUUUUUCAAAAGCCUGCUUGAAAAUACAUCAGCAUUUUAUUGUGAAUUUAUCCUGAUAUACACAUUUUUUAUUCAAUUUUGCCAAAAUAGAUACAGUUUUACAGUAUAAUGUGUUUUUGUAUGCUACCUUCACUAAUAUAUGCAUUUUUAUGCACGCUUUGCCCUAGUAUAUGUGGUGUGUGUUUUUUUUACACAUCCCUUGGCUGGAGAACUGCACAGCAAAAUCUGGAGAAGUGUGAAUUUCAAAAAGAAGUGGCUGUGUAAUGAUUCAUGUACUGUUUUGGAAAGUGCGGGUUAGGGUUUGUCUUUAAAUACAAACUGAUUCGGUUUCGUCCCCCAUCCCUUCUCAGGGAUGAUGGGAGUUGUAAUUCAGUAACAUCUGGAGGACCGCAGGCUUCUCACCUGCCAAAGCUAUUCAGGGAUACACACUGCAACUUGACUUGACUCCACACUAGGCAGCCUCUGACUGAACUAGAAUUCCCGCGGCAAGUUUGAUUCUGUGUGUUUAGGGCUCAAUUGGAACCAGGAUUUCCUUUCGUACCUGGUGCGUAAUUAACGGAACAAAGUUUGGAAGAUUGCCAGUUGCUACUGAUGAAAAUGGUUACUGUGCUUAUUGCAUUGUAUGCAGCUGAGAUUUGCGAAGAAAUGUCAGGCUGUACUUUCUGCAUCCUGUGGCCUUUGGGCCCCACUGUUUACAGUUUUCUCUAUACCCAUGUGCGUGUGUGUCGGCUGUGGGAGGCCUUUUCAUGCAUAUGAUGCCGUAA